AUGGAUAGAGCAUCUUUUAUAAGCUCCCUGCUUGCUGGCGCAGCAGCGGGUACCUCAACGGACUUGGUCUUUUUCCCAAUUGAUACCCUUAAGACCCGUUUACAGGCAGCAGGAGGCUUUUUUGCCAAUGGAGGCUACCAUGGAGUGUACAGGGGAUUAGGAAGCGCAGUAGUAGCCAGUGCGCCGAGCGCCUCGCUUUUUUUUGUCAGUUACGAUAGCAUGAAGACUUACUCACGCCCUGUAUUUAGCAAGCUAAUAUCUUCCAGCGAUCAAAUGGCAGAAACUGCGACGCACAUGUUUUCAUCCUCUGCUGGCGAAAUCGCCGCGUGUAUGGUGAGAGUACCGGCGGAAGUGAUUAAGCAGAGAACCCAGACGCAUAAGUCAGAUUCUUCGUGGCAAACCUUCAAAAAGCUUCUCAAAAAUGACAACGGCGAGGGUAUUCGUCGUAACUUAUAUCGAGGGUGGUCAACUACGAUUAUGCGAGAAAUUCCUUUUACGUGCAUUCAGUUUCCACUAUAUGAGUACUUAAAAAAAAGGUGGGCUCAGGUUGGGAACCGUGAGCAGGUUGCCCCGUGGCAAGGGUCUUUCUGUGGUUGUUUGGCUGGCGGUGUUGCCGCCGCAACUACUACACCACUAGAUGUACUGAAAACCAGACUUAUGCUAAGUAAAACUUCUGUCCCUGUCUUGCACCUGGCACGAACCAUCUACGCCAAAGAGGGUUGGCAAGUGUUUUUCAGUGGAGUGGGCCCACGAACAAUAUGGAUCAGCGCUGGCGGUGCUAUAUUCUUGGGUGUAUACGAGACGAUUCACUCAAUUCUUUCUUGA